AUGGUCUAUUACGGUUACGAGUACACCCGCCCGCGGGAAGCCAAGGGCGGUAUUCGGGCGCAAUCAAAGCGGGGCGACUUCGGCGCCAGCUGGUGGGCCCAGCGCUGGGUGCAGGCGCUGGAGAACUUCAGCCUGGGGUCCAGGCUCGCCCGGGGCCGGUCCUACGCCCGCCGGGGGCAGCGGCCCUACCGGGUCAGCAUCGGGGUCGCCACGCUGCCGGGCCCAGAUUGGCAGAGGCUCCAGGCCGCCCUGGCCGAGCGGCCGGUAUUCGCUGCCAGCCUGCUGGCGGGUCGGAUGCCGGAGAACAUCGAGGACGUGUUCGGCGACGUCGGAUUGUCCCUGUUUCCGGCGCGGGAAAGCGACCUGGAGACGGACUGCUCCUGUCCUGACUACGCCAAUCCCUGCAAGCACAUCGCAGCCGUGUACCUGCUGUUGGGGGAGGAAUUCGACCGGGACCCGUUCCUCAUUUUCAGGAUGCGGGGUAUCGAACGGGAUGAGCUGUUGGGACCUGACCUGCGGAAGUCCGUCGAGGCCAGCGCCUGGAUGGCCCCGACGCUGGCGCCGGAACCCUUGCCCGCGGACCCCGACGCAUUCUGGGGCCAGCCCGAAUGGGACGACAAUGACGACGACCUCAGCGGGCCGGCCCGCGUACCUGAGGAAGUGGCUCUGCUGCCCAGGCAGUUGGGCGCUUCCCGUUCUGGCAGGGCCGCGAAGAGUUCCUGCCGGCCCUGGAAGCCCUCUACGGCCGGGCGUCUCAGGUCGGAUUGGAACUGUACCUCGGUACGGAAUGACCCGCGCUAUCGCCCGGCAGAGGCCUGGAUGAUUGCCCAUCUGGACCGGCAAGGAUAG